UCAGUGCGUUGUAAAAUACGCGCUUCCCACCCUUGGCCUACUUGUAUCGCACUCUCGAUAGUUCAUCACCAUCAAGUACUGCUACGAUUCCAACCAUGCCCGUGCCACGUAGUAUAAUUAAGCAGAUCAAGCAGAUCAUCCCCCCUUUGAACGGCGCUUUGCACAAAGGACAAUCAGAGUCGGCGUGCUCGGAGGAGCUUUGGAUUACACUGGUGCACCAUUCUUCGCAGCAAUAUCUGCAUUGCGACUGGGAGCAGAUCUUUCGCAUGUCAUCUGCUCGCCCACAGCUGCUCAAGCUAUCAAGUCCUACUCCCCAGACCUGAUCGUACACCCCAUUCUCGGUGAAGAUGCGUGAGUCUGUU